AGUACAGGUGUUGAAAUGCACCUGUAUAACAUCCACUUGUGAUAGAGGUGACAGAACCAUUCAGAGACAGAGAGAGAGAGAGAGAGAGAGAGAGAGAGAGAGAGAGAGAGGGAGAGAGAGAGAGAGAGAGAGAGAGAGCGAGAGAGAGAGCAGACAACAAAGUAAUACAACCACAAAGACAACAUCUAAAGCACCAGUAAACAUCAGGGAUGGACCAGCCUCUGUUCCUCCUCCUUGUUUUCUCAGGGCUGUCCAUCCUCCCCUCAUCCCUCCCUCAUCAGUUCCACUUUGUGAACAUGACAAAGACCUGGACUGAAGCUCAGCGUUUCUGCAGACAGAACUACACUGACCUGGCCACCAUAGAUGACAUGGCAGACAUGAAGAAGCUCAAAUACACAGUAUCAGCUAGUUGGAGAGGAUCAGCCUGGAUAGGGCUGUAUAACAUAAUCUGGAGGUGGUCUCUGGGAGACAGAGAGUUAGAGGGGAAGGGGUUUUGGGAUGAUCAUCAUCCAAAUAAUGAAUCCAAAACGUUUUGUGUGUAUAUGUUGCUAAAUGCGACUUGGCAAAAUUAUGACUGUAGUAAAACAUUUUAUUUUGUCUGCUAUGAUGAAACAAUUGUGACCAAUAAGUACAUUCUCAUUGCUGAAUAUAAAACUUGGAGUGAUGCUCAGCUCUACUGUCGGGAGAAACACACAGACCUGGCCAGUGUGAGGAACACAACAGAGAGGGACGCCAUUAAGAGUAUCUUACCUAACGUCACUGAUAUCUACAGAGUGUGGAUUGGCCUGAAUAAAUCUCUUGGAGUCUGGAGGUGGUCCGACCAGAGUGGCUUCUCUAUCAAGAGCUGGGAAACAUACAAGGAGAACAAUGCAGAUGGGAGUUAUCAGAACGGAGAGUUCUGUGGUGAAGUUACUUUCCCUUCUGGAAAGUGGAAUUAUCAGGGUUGUACCACCAACACUAAUUUUAUCUGCUAUGACGAUGAACUGGUCCUGGUCACAGAGAACAAGACGUGGUCAGAAGCCCUGUGGCACUGCAGAGACCUGGACAUGGAGCUGGUGUCUGCCCACAACCAGAGAAUCCAGCACUGGGUCCAACAGAGAGCCAAGAUGGCCUCCAGUCUCUUCGUCUGGCUGGGCCUGAGGUACACCUGCACCCUGGAAUUCUGGUUCUGGGUCAAUGGAGAAGAGUCCUGCUACCACAACUGGGCCAAGGGGGAGGGCUACAACACCAGCAAGGAGCAGUGUGGGAACACGGGGGCCAUUCAGAGAGACGGGGGACAGUGGGUCGGCAAGGCUGAGACUGAGAGAUUCAACUUCAUCUGCAGCAAAAGUCAUGAUUACUAGGACCAGACCCUGCUCUGUAGACCAGCUGAACCCUACAGUCCAACACAUUGUUCCAGACCCUGCUGUGUAGACCAGCUGAACCCUACAGUCCAGAAUGUUCCAGACCCUGUUCUGUAGACCAGCUGAACCCUACAGUCCAGAAUGUUCCAGACCCUGCUCUGCAGACCAGCUGAAAACUACAGUCCAGAAUGUUCCAGAUAUACUCAGAUUUACAUCAUACAAGGUGAUGGAUACUCAUUAUUUUUUAAAUAUAUGUGUAUUUAUUUACAGAGAACUCCAGAAGUUUUGGGACAGUGACAAAUGUUUAGUUGUUUUGGCUCUGUACUCCAGCACUUUGGAUUUGAAAUGAUUCAGCUGUGAGUUUGAAGUGCAGACUGUCAGCUUUAAUUUGAGGGUUUUUCAUCCAUACUGAGUGUACCGUUACAGCUCUUACAGAACUUUUUGUACAUAGUCCCUCCCAUUUUAGGGGACCAAACGUAUCGAGACAAAUUUACUUACAGUAUGUGUGUAAUAAUGUAGUCAAAAGGUCAGUAUUUGGUCCCAUAUUCAUAGCACGCAAUUUUUACAUCUGGCUUGUGACUUUACAAACCUGUUGGAUGCAUUAGCUGUUUGUUUUGGUUGUUUCAGAUUAUUUUGUGCCCAAUGGAAAUGAAUAGUAAAUAAUGUACAGUGUCAUUGUGGAGUCACUUUUAUUGUAAAUAAGAAUAUAAUAUGUUUGUUUCGAAACACUUCUACAUUAAUGUGGAUGCAAACAUUAUUAUGGAAAUUCAAGAAUAAUGGUGAGCGAGAAAGUUACAGACACACAAAAUUACUGACUGUCUGCAAUUUAACCUCAUAGACAUUGUAUUAUUUAAGAUCCAAAGUGCUGGAGUACAGAGCCAGAAGAACACACAUAGUGUCACUGUCCCAAUACUGUUGGAGCUCACUGGAAAUAAAACAUAGAGCUACAUAGAGCUCACUGGAAAUAAAACAUAGAGCUACAUAGAGCUCACUGGAAAUAAAACAUAGAGCUACAUAGAGCUCACUGGAAAUAAAACAUAGAGCUUCAUAGAGCUCACUGGAAAUAAAUUAUAGAGCUACAUAGAGCUCACUGGAAAUAAAACAUGGAGCUACAUAGAGCUCAAAGGAAAUACAACAUAGACCUACAUAGAGCUAACUGGAAAUGAAACAUAGACAUUCAUAGAUCUCACUAGAAAUAAAACAUAGAGCUUCAUUGAGCUCAGUAGAAAUAAAACAGAGCUACAUAGAGCUCACUGGAAGUAAAACAUAGAGCUAUGUAGAGCUCACUGGAAAAAACAUAGAGCUACAUAGAGCUCACUGGAAAUAAAACAUAGAGCUAUGUAGAGCUCACUGGAAAUAAAACAUAGAGCUACAUAGUGCUCACUAGAUUAUUGUGACAUGUUUUCAAUAUUUGUAUAUUAUAACAUGUGAAUUGAUUAUUAUUAUAUUGUGCUGUUGUUUUAUUACUGGUUGGUAACAAACCUACUUUAAUGUAGAAAAUAACUAGACUAACCUCUACCCUGCAAAUUGACUCGGUACAGGUACCCCCUGUAUAUAGCCUCGUAAUUGUUAUUUUUAUUGUGUUACUUUUUAUUUUACUAUUUUUGCUUUAGUUUAUUUAGUAUCUUUUUCCUUAACUCUAUCUUGAACUGAUAUUUGAUAUUAUAUAAGGAGAUGGAUACAGGAUUUUAUAAUAACAUAUUUUAUAUUAUACUCUUGUAAUGUAAUAAUAUCAUACCAUACUGUUGUUUCCAUAUUUACUUGCUAUACUUGUUGAUGUUAAUGAACGUUAAUGAAUGUUAAAGGUUAGCCUUUAGUUGUUCUCAAUAUUCAGUAGUUUUAUUUAUUUUCUAUUACAACUUCCUUUAACUGUUUCCAGAGUAUAUUUCACUUAUUCAUUGUUUUAUCUAGACCAUUAAUUGCAUUCCAUUAUAGAAAUAUUUUACGUUUUUUUUAGUUGUUUUAAAUAUAUUGUACCAGCAGUCAUUUUUCUAUGAUACUAGUGUGUACCAUUUAAAUGACUGUAUCUGUUCUGGUGCUGGUGGUGGAGUCUUCAUUUAAAGGGGCAAUCUGUGACGGGGGCAUCUGUUUUAAAAAUUUUAAUUAAUGAAAUGUACCCAUUAAUUCUUGAAGUAUAUGACUCAUAAAUGCCUCAUGAGCUUAAUUCAGCUGUCAUGUCCCAUCAGAACCCAACAUAUAAAUGUGUUUUAUUCCAUUGUUUGUAAACAAUGUAAUUGUAAACAAACACUGUUUAGCCUCAAAACAUAGUUUAAAUGAUAAUGUUAAUAUCAUGGGUGGUCAUCCUGUAUAGUGUCAGAAAAAUAGUUUAAACUAUAAUGUUAAUAUCAUGGAUGGUCAUCCUGUUUAGUCUCAGAAACAUAGUUUAAACUAUAAUGUUAAUAUCAUGGAUGGUCAUCCUGUUUAGUCUCAGAAACAUAGUUUAAACUAUAAUGUUAAUAUCAUGGGUGGUCAUCCAGUAUAGUCUCAGAAACAUAGUUUAAACUGUAAUGUUGAUAUCAUAGAUGGUCUGUCCUUUUGUAUUUUGUUCUGUCUAUUAAUGUCUAUCUCCAUCCUAAAGAUUUUCCCAAAACAGUGGUGGGGUUUACACUUUGUUAUUGGUUGAACUGCAGAUUGCCCCUUUAACUAUUUGACUAUGGUACAUUCAUCCUGUACGCAGUAAAAAAAAAAAUAAUAAUAAAGUUAUGAA